AUGGCCAUACAUUACCGCGCACCGGGGGCAAUUCUCUUAAGGCCUGCGACUCUUGGCGCUGCUGCCGCUGCUGCUAGCAGUCUGGGCGGAUCGACAGGCAGGCAGUGGAAGGAGGAGAAGGAGGAGGUAGGGGGGGGACUUGUUAGACUGGUGUCGCCUGCACCCACCCUAAUUAUACCAGGACGUUUUCACUCCCCUCCCUUCCCCUUCAAGCUUAUGCAUACACGCACACACACACGCGUAGCCCCCCUCUCCCACUCCCUCCUUCUUCCUCCUCCUCCCCCCCUCCUCCUCCUAGUCUUCUCCUACCUUUCACAGAUGCGCGCCUGCGCACUGACUUCUUCGUCACUUAUGUGGUCCGUCCUGACCAAACUCUAUGUUGCGGUGAUUGGAGCCGUUGGCUUGACUGGUUGCUACCCAGUGUCACAGAAGUGCGGCGCAAAUCCAAAACGCGUUUUGUGUCAGAAUUUUCUCUGUGAACUACGACUCCGACAAUUAUUUGCAACCCUGUAUUGGGACUGCGAAGACGAGAUAAUAACUACUCUUGUGUUUUUUAUGACGACCCAGACUAGAAUGUCAGUCUACCAUUCCACCGCGGGGCAACAAAGCAACGCUUCUGGCGCCUCUUCGUCUAUCACAAAAGUCUCCGCGAACACCAACGGUGUCCAGUACCCAGCGGACUCGACUUCUGCAUCGACAAUGCGAAACGACCUUAGCUUGGAUUACUUGGCCAGUGUGUUCGCCUCCAAUGGAACUAUUCCGCCUGCUGUGCUGCAGCACAACCAUUCGUCUGGCGUUGCAGCAUCCAGUGGACUGGGACAACCGCUUCCAGCAGAGAAGCACUUUUUCCUCGAUGGAACUCCCUCCCUGAUGUACAACCAGCAGCAUGGGUCGAAUAUAGCUCCAGGUGUUCGACAACAGACAACGCCACCAUAUGCCCCCAAAGCCGCCAACAUCGCUCUCGACCCGAAUCUGUUAGCACAGCACGCCCUUAUGCAAGCGGGACUGGCCAACCUUGACGUCUCCAACCACCAGCAUCAGCAACAGCAGAUGGCUCUGGCGUUGGCCGCUCUCCUGGGCCAGCCUGGGUCCAACAACCUGAUGUCCAUGCAGCAACGUCGGGAGCUAAGCUCGUAUCGCGGUGAGUCCGUGGAUGAGACCAAUGCGUCUUCGUGUGCCGACGAGUCCUUUAGUUCAGUGCUGGCCAAACUAACGCAGGGCCUCAAUCAGAGCAGCAGUGCCUCAACGCCGUCGUCUUCCUCGUCUUCGCGGACUCCUAGUACAGCCCAAAUACAGACAAAGGAGACUCAGAUACCGCCAUCUACGUCCCUGAAUCCACCGGAAGCGGCCCCCUCGUCGUCAUCAGUCUCCGCGACCUCCUCCUCCUCUCAUCCGGCCAUCACCUCGCAAAUGUCGGGACUAGGACCGAGGUUCACCCUGCCAGGUGCCGGCGACAAUGCCAGUCUGACGACCGCGUCGUUCGCCGCCGCGGCUCUGGCAGCCCUUCACCACCAACAGCAUCCUGGACAGCUGAAGCAGGCUGGACCAAAGCCACCUUCCCACCUCCCGCAUCGGUCGCAUGCCGUUGCGCCGACUAAUCGUGAAAGCCAACCUCACAGGGGUCGUGGACGUCCACCGAAAUCGUCCUUCGCUCCGACGAAGGCUUCCUUGGAUAAGCCCCUACGGGCGUCAGCAUCAAUUCCCCACGUCGACAAUUCCAUCGCUGACUCUGCUCAUGCACUAUACUCCGAUUCCUCGAGUAGCAUUGAUGGAACCAUUACGGAUGUGCUCAAACGCCUCUCUGACUCAACAGAUCACGUUAGUAGCCGGAAACGCCGACGCGGCGAUGGAUUCGACAAACUCGUGUCUAACUCCGCUUCAACUACCACCACGCCUUCCUCCUCCGUCACCACUGCCACCGCCGCCGCCGCCUCUGCUCCAACGUCGAAACCGGAACCUCUGAGUCACAAACGAGCCCGAACUCUGGGAGCUUACGCAGACAGCGGAUACAGGCUACCUUUGGCGUUGGGAUGGCGCCGUGAAACCUUGGUGAAAGGCGUUGGACCCGGUGGCUUGUUGGGAGAUGUGGUGUACAUCAGUCCCUGUGGUCGACAAAUCUGGAACAUCGAGAGUGUCCGCGAGUAUCUGCGGUCCACUGGAACCAGCAUCUUGACUACCGAGGACUUCACCUUUAAGUCCUACAUCCGUCUCGGUGACUACUACGAGUGCAACAAAGAUUCCAAGGGCUUCGUGAAGAUGUCUGAGGCCUCGGUUAACGCGCUCAUCGCAACAGGCCAAGAAACCCCCUCGGGAAGCAGUCGACGGACGCCGCAAAUCACCUUUCCCUCUAGCAGCACAGCCAAAUCUUCUUCCGCGUCGCAGUCCUCGCCAGGUUUGGCGUUUAGCGCUGAGGUCAACAGCGCGAUGGUGUCUUCAAGCGUAGAGGGCUACUCGAAGGCUUUUGCCGACUUUCCCUUGGGACUUCCACGCUUCCCCAACCUGCCGCCUCAACUGGUUUCGGCACUGGCAACUCAAAUCGGGUCGCUGUGGUCGCCGUGGGCCACAGUUGUGAGAAACUCCGCCAUUUCCGCGGCACCCACAUCUCCCUCAUCGCCAUUUUCGUUCCCUUUCCCGUCGGCAGUUCAAAACGACCGGUCCCCCAAUCAACCACCGAGUCUGAGCAAUUUCGAGGAUUUCGAUCGACUACGGACGUUCUUCACGAAACUGGUUGAAGACCAACGACGACUUGAAACCGAGAAGGAGACUCAACUUAAGGCCGAAUUGGAAGCGCAGACUACGAAAGCACGGGUAGAGCGACUCGAGCACCUUGUGGAGGAGGAAUUGCGACGGCCGGUGGAGGAUCUGUGCCUUCUCAACGCCACGGUCCUCCCCACAUUUGAUCGCAUCGAUGGUAACCGAAUGUCGAGCCAAGUCUUCUCCGACUGCAUCUUCGUGUUAGAGUUCCUGCAUGCAUUCACAGAGGCCUUUUGCAUCGACCCUGAAACCAUCCCCUCGAUGCGUUGCAUGCAGGCGGCGUUUGUGGACAGAGAUGAAACGUGUCUGGAGGUCAUCAAUCACCUCAUCAUUGAACUACUCAAAUUUGCAAUCCUCGACCCCGGAAUACCCACGCCACGACUGGUAACGCAGCUCCUUGGACAACGCUUCAGUGAGAUGGAAGUCGACACCAACACAGUGACUGGCCUGCUCCGCGUCUUUCUGAUUGGUCGUAAUGGCUACGAAGACGAGAUGUCUGAUUGGCUGGCCCCCUCCAGCGUGGAUCACCUAACUGACCUAUCUGGACCGCGGUUAGCGAGUCUGCUGGCGUUUAUUUGCGAUGAGUUGGCUUGUUCGAGCCGACUCAUCUCCAAUGAGGUUGAUCGCACGAUCGAGCUACAAGUUUCUUUGAGAAGGGACAAAUUUAACCUUGAGGCUAAGAUCCGAAGGAUUCGCGUUAUCUUGGCACGAAAGUUUGGUCUAGAUCAUGCAGUCCUUCCAGGGCAAACUUCUGGCUUAGACGAAGCGACAAACAAGAAUCAACCUGCAUUCCUGCAGAAUGUCCGCCAGCCAGCGAUGCAGAACUACGACUCCGGUGACGAGGAGGAGUUAAAUACCGUGGAUGAGUUGGAGAAGAGGAUAGAAACGCUUACUUAUGCUCUGAAUGCCAAGCAGCGAGCUAUUGAAGAGUGCUCCUUCCGACUGUCUGGGGUCUUUCUGGGGCAGGAUCGAUUCCACCGAAAUUACUUCGUCCUUGGCAGCGUGGGGGGCAUCUACGUGGAAGGACAGCACGUAGGCACUAGAGAAGGCUUCUCGGUUCGCGAGGUUCCGUUGGUGUUUGACGCCGACGCCAUUGUGGCUGAAAUCAAGGCCCGCAGAGAGCUCUCCAUAACGCGGCACUUUAGUGCAAACGCCAACUCGAGCAGUGCUUUGAAUUCUUCCUCGAUGGUACCGAGGCCUAACCCUCGCAGAUCACCAUCUGGUUCUGUAACGUCUGAAAAACCUAAUAUGCACCAUGACGAGGAACUCGUAGAGAUCAAGAACGAGGAAAUUCCCGCUAUGGGAAUGUACGAGGCUCUAUCGAAGACGUCCGAGGAAGAGCAAGACGGUGUUGAGUUUCGGUGUCCGAAAGUCGAGAAAAUGGAAGUGGAAGAGCAGAAUGUGGAUGGGGACAGUGUUCAGAUGCCUAUGAAACUAGAAUCCGCCUUGGUGGAGGAGGAGCUGACAAAGGAGGUCAGUAAGAAGCAAAAGCCAGAAGAAUCGGAGGAGCCAACGGCAUCGCAGCCCUUAGACCUUUCCACAAGGCGAGCUUCACCUCCUCCGCCGCCGCCGCCUCAGCCAACCCCACGACUGCCAGUCCAGUCCACAGCACAGGAAUCAGAUUUGGCCAUUUGGCAGGCCUUAAGUGAGCAUGAGCUGGUAGCUGCGCUCGAGUCCUGUCAACUAGACGACACAUUUUUGACCACUGCAACUUUACUGUUCGCAACCCAGACAGGCAUCAUUGAUCGCUCUGCAAUUGUCGGCAGCUGGACAGACCCAAGUUGGCACGUUAUACUCCUCUUUUAUAAGCUCCAACUUUUGCGUUCGGUGGCUUUUGAGACGGCGAAAAAGCAAGCCGAUGAUGUCAAUGCUCUAACGACUGCUCUGCGACAGCUCAAGGCCUGGCUAGCUGAUGGCGUCAUGGAAGGAUCUAGUGGACACUCGGCAAGCGCGCACAACUCGAACGACGUUCACGUGGACGACGAGGAACUGCUGCCAGAGGUGGAGCAGUUUCUCAAAGAAAAAGGCAUCCAAGACGUCGGGGAGGACAAACUUCAGUUGGUGUCAGGGGAGGUGAAGGGCGACUGGUGGAGGAUUCGUGGAUCCGGCCAGUUGCAGACUCUCCUUGCGGCGCUGUCGCCCAGGGGCAUUCGCGAGCGCACUCUAGCACAGUCCAUCCAACUCGCUGAGGAGGCCGUCGCGUCGUCGAUCUAUGUAGACGCUUCAAGUGUACUGGAUCUUGGUUCAGUGUCGGAUCCUGCCGAAGACGAGUGGAAACCGCGACUUCUGAGAGUUCGUUCCCGUCGUGGAAAGGGACGCGGAGCCAACGCAUCAAACAUCCUCUCUUCGACGUCAUCUGCGAAUCUUACCACGUUGUCGGGUGGUGGUGGGAGCGGUUUUGGUCGAAUACCGACACUUCAGUCCUGCCAGUCAACAACUAACCAUCUUGACGCAGCUGUGGCCAGCUCUGCUUUCGACGCGUGCGCCUUCCGCAGAGAGUUCGACGCCUCGACGGCGUCGUCUCCAAACGCCGUCGAUAGGAGCAUCUUCCUGGGCGAGAACUUCGAGCGAGCCAUGCGCAUGGGUCAAACCUCGGCGAAUCACACAGUUAAUGAAGUGGACCGCGACUUUCUGGAUGAAUGUCGAUUCCUUGAGCUGGUUGAAGGUCUAGUCGACCGUGUACUUUCAGCCAGUUUGCAAACCAAGGGUUGGCAGGCACCAAUGAAAGCAACCGAUGAUGAUUCCAUUCAAAUUAUCCCGCGUUCGGCACCGAAGGUGUACCGCUAUGAUUAUUGGCCGCUGGAUUUGGCUCGAGAGCGCCUCCUAGAUCUGGAAGCCCACGUGGAACGCCGCUACCUCCUGCCACCGCUGAGCUGCGAGUCCCGUCUGGACGUUGUUCAGACGCCUGAGGAGUCCUCCGCCGAGGUGGAGGGGAGUGUGUGUAGCGACUCGACUCACGAUGAGCCGGGCGAGAUCUCCACCGUACCCCACAUUCGACGCGUCCUUAGAAGGCAGCCGGGAGGUGCUGAUGACGACAAGACAAGUGAUUUGCCUGGCCAGCAGGGUUUGCCACUGGGUCUGCUAGAGUGGAGACGAGGCACCAAGAAGGCGGACACCAUCGCCGAUCUGAAGCGAUGUGCCAUGCAAUUUGAGGCAGCAAUCGCUUGGGACAAGUCCAUCAUGAAAGUGCUCUGUCAAAUUUGUCGCCGUGAUAAGAACGAGGCUCGUCUGUUGCUGUGCGACGGUUGUGAUCACGGCUACCACACCUACUGCUUCCGACCUCCAAUGGUUUCUAUUCCCGACGGUGAUUGGUUCUGCUACGACUGCGUCUCCAAGGCGACGGGCAAGUGCCAUUGCUUCGUAUGUGGUCUCUCCAAGCCACUCGGAUCAACACCAGGUGCGUCCGAGUCCACAGUGAUGGUGGCGUUAGACCCAGCCCAUCGUCUUGUUCAAUGUACCACCUGUUCCCGUGGUGCUCAUCCCUCCUGCUUGAGACCUCCCUUGAACCGACUGCCCAAACGCUGGAACUGCAUGUUCUGCACUUCUACUGGAGCUAUUCUGCAGGAGAAAGCUGUUUCACCUGAAUCUAAUCCCUCGAGGAAAUUCCAGGCAAGCAUGUCUCUUUCCAGUCGCCUUGAAUUGACCCGUCAAAAACGUCUUUACACCAAAUCUGGCGCAUUUCGUAGCUCUAAACGGGGUCACAAAACGAAAUCGGAUCUCGUGAUUAAGAAGAAAAAGGGCACCAACGACCAAAAACGGGUCGGGAGACCUAAAGGAAGUGGACGUAAAGCGUCUCCGGGACUUAAAAAACGUGGACGUCCACGCGGAUUCUACAAACGGGCUUCGAUUGAGUCAGGGCAAUGUAAUGUUAACGACGGUGCUGAAGACGACGAUGUUGAAGAAGACGACGAGGAGGGGGAUGAUAAAUCGGCUGAGGAGAAGGAAACACGAGAAAGUGGAGACGAAAAGGACUCGAACUGGGGGUCUUCAGUCGGGAUCAGUGACGCCCUAACCACACAGAAGAGGAGCGCCACCACGUCUGCUCUCAGGCGUCAUGGAACUGGCAAACUUCGAAAAGCAAUGUGCUUUGCUGAACGCGAAUUCUGCCGACGCGCAACCGAAGACCUCAUGAAACACGAGCUGUCAUGGCCAUUUAGAAAGCCAGUUUGCUGCAAGACAGUUCCAUUUUACCGGAAAGUCAUCAAGCGGCCGAUGGAUUUGUCCACAAUCCUAAAACGAAUCAGUGUGGAUAGAUGGAACUUCUACUCAUCUAUUUCGGAGUGGCGCGAAGACGUCCGCCUGGUGUUCAAAAACUGUCAAAUUUUUAACGAAGACGACUCCGAAAUCGGCAAGGCGGGCCAUGAACUGCGACGCUACUUUGAGUCGAAUUGGGCUAACGCCUCCCGACUCCCCAACGCAGGCGACUUGCCCUCACCAAUCGAAGCGAUGGACGCGGAGAAUUUGGUUGCUAGCGCACCGAGUUCCCCCGACUACGGGCCUCCAACGUGCACCUCAAGCCCCAAACCACCAACCUCCUCCACAACGGAGGAGACCGAAAGCACCCUUCGGGCCGUCGACGCUUCGGUGGCCUCAAAUUCGCCGACGAAGUUGGAGACGACCCAGCCCAUGCUGGGCGGUGAUGUUGAAGAGGCAGUUAUCGCCGCCACCGCAUCCACUGACAUGCCCAACACCUGCGCUGGCGGAAGCCUCGUAGGGUCCUUAGUCACUUAG